AGCGGCAUCAAUUAUCAGUGGUCGGAUGGCAGCGACACAGUGUACACGCACUGGGACGCAGCCGACGACGAUGACGACUUUGAGACCGGCGAGUGCGUGUACAUGGACGUGAAUGGAGGCUGGCGGCGAGCUGACUGUGAAACUCUGCUGCCAGGAGCCCUGUGCCAUGUUCCCCAAAGUCCCUCCAAGCCAACGGAAUGUGUGAAAAUACCCAUUUCCCGCCUUCUCCUGCUGUCCCUCGCAGGCAAUAAACCGUUAACUGCGAAUGUGAUGGCGUGUCCCUCCACAUGGGUGAAAUUUGGACAUGGUUGUUACAGCUUUGAGUCCGUGGCGGAGAAACGUAGUUUUGAGAAGUCAAGAGAGCACUGCAGGAAUAAAG